GAAUGAUGAGUCUGAUAAUGCUCAGUUGAAGUAGGAGUAAUUGAAAAAGCAAAGGCAAACUAAAAUAGAAAAACUCAAACGGCCUUGAGCGUCAGGAUUAAACAUUGAAAAGGUGGGGGUGAGGAUGAGGAUAGAUUGCAACGAGUCAACAAAGCACACGGGCACAUCACUAUUGUCAUAAUCAAGCACCAAGCAACUAUGUAAUAUUGUACAACAAAUCUUAUCAUAACCAGUUCAUGUUUUCAAAAAUUAGACUAAGAUCUAUUUAAAUAACUCAGUUGGAGCCGGAAAAUGGAUAGUUUUAGUGGAUUUACCGAAGAAGAUAUUCAACGAUUAUCUGACAAUCCUGAAGAUACACAUGAAAAAGGAAGGGAAACGGUCAAACCAUCAGUGUCGAAAAAUAUGCAAAGACACAGAAACAGACUGACUCAAAAGAAUUUUACGCGGGAGCGUAUUCUAAAGAAACAUCAGUAUUCCAAUCAAAACUUGCCUGCCAUCGACAUUCCAAAGGAAGCAAGACUCAGUAUACCUCAAAUCCCAGAAGAUGAGGAAGUGGAGAGUAACAAAACCCCUGCUGAAGACGAAACAGGAACCACAAUAAAGGAAAACAGCGAAGAAAUGAAAGAAACUCCUAUCGAGGUAGAAUCAAAGACUGAAAAAGACACUGAAGCACUGACUACGAACACAGACAAGCAUGGGAGUAUUCCAUCAGCGAAGGUUAUUCCAUUUUUUCUUUGCGCUGAAGCUAAUGAUAAGACAUUGGAAGAAUUCGAAACUAGACAAAGGAUGAUGGAAGAACAGAAUAAGCAACGUAAGGAAAUUUUGAAGAAAGCUAUCGCAGACAGAGCAAGGAGAACGCAUGAGGAAACCAAGAGACUUAAUGAAAUAGAAGGAGAAUUGAAAAAGCUUGACCUCCUCCUCAGCAAUGAUGUUGCCAUUCUGCGUAACCAAAUCGAAUCGGCAAGUCUCGAAUUUUCAGAAGCUCAAAAACGCUACGAUAGAGCUGAGAAAGAAUUUCUUGAUGCUAAAUUGGAUAUGUUCAACAAGAAGGAGAGAAAAGAACUGCUGACCAGCCACCUCUGCACUAUUAUUGAACAAAAUGAAAUGCGCAAAGCCAAGAGGUUGUCAGACCUGAUGAUGAAGCUAGAGAUUGGUUGUAGUUCAAUGAUGACGUCUCAUAUAACAGUUGAGACAAAAGCUGAGACUGAGCCCGAAUCCAUUGAAAAAUCAAAAGCUGACGACUGUUGACAUCCAACUUUCAGAUGCUCUAAAAAUAAGUGUAAAUUUGAAUAUUAUUAUAGAAGGAAUAAGCCAUAUUGAUAAACAAUAUUUUAAUGAAGAGCACCUAGAAUUGGGACUAAUAAUCCCGGUUGUACAAAAGCCUGUUAAAUUUUAAUCAUGAAUAAUUUCCACGAAGGUGUUUAACCAAUCAGAGAAAGGUUUUCUGAGAAGAAGACUUCUCUGAUUGGUUCUUGUGGCAUUUAAUCGGGAUUUUUUAACAGACUUUUGUGCAACCGGGUGAUAGUCUACCUCAAUCAUGAAUCAAAAUCAUAGUAGGCCUACCUACCAAUAGUAUUUAUUAACACGCCAUAUUCAUGAAUUAUAUUUUAAUCAAGAGCAUCUAGAACUGGGAAUAAUAUCCUUCCACAAUUAUCGUAAAUCAAUCAAAAUCAUAGCAGGAGUAGGUCUACCUACCAUAUUAUAGUAUUUAACAAAGUAUUUAAAUGUAAGCAUCCGUAUGUGUUCAAUAUUUUCAAGAUGAAAACGCAAUCUGCUACAUUGAGAUGGAAAAAUAAAACCUACAAAUAAGCUUCAUUAUUUUUAUAUCAAUAUUUAUUAUAGUUUUAUAUUAUUAUAUCGUUUACAAGCUUUGCUCAAGAAUAGAAUAGAAUAGAAAAACGUUUAUUCAACCAAAACAAGUUACCUUAAAGCAAAACUUGAAGAGAUUGCUUGACAAGGUACCAUAAACAAAACAUGUAAAUUCAAGUAUAAAUGUAUAUAUAUCAGUGAACGUGAUUUAUACGGAGUAUGAUAACGUGGAUAAGCUAAAUUUGUUUUAGAUAUUACAAUUUUAAGUAACUAUCCCAAAAACAAUUUUUACAGGGUCAAAAAUUGUCUUCCAAACAUUUCUCUCCAUAACCUUUUGUUGCCUGGACUGUAAUAGUAGCCUGAUGUUGAGCCUCUUGGCAAUUUCAGCGUAUUUUAAAUUCUACAUAAAAAUCACAAAUUAAGCCAAUUCAGUGAUACCGUACCAUAAUGAUGGGCCUCUAUGUCUAUCAGUGAAUUUAAAGAGUUCAGUUGAAAAUGACCUAUUAUGUUAUUUAAUUUAUUUAUAUAUUAUUUGAUUUACUGAAUUUCGAUAGCCAAUAAUACUGGCUUAUAAUGUGAUUAUAAUGUAUUCUACAAAAAUUUGUUCUCUCCAAUUUCGUCAUACAUUUCCACAUAUAUUAUUUUAGUUCUUAUUAUUAUAUUGGUUUACCUGAGAUAGUACUUGAAUGAGUUAACGUUUAAAUACUUCCUUGUGUACAAUUAAUAUUGAUAUCAAAAUUAUUGUGCGAUAAUGAUAAUUAUUAUGCUGUAGAAUAUUUCAUAUUCAUAUUUUUUAAUAAAAUAAUAAACUAUA